CUCCAACCAGAAAGGAUGGCUUCAGAUGGUGCACCGUCAUUGUCAGGACCAGAUAGGACCAUGAAGACGGGCUCCACCAUGUCUUCUUUCACGGCUCUUUCCUUUCCCCCAGCUGCGCCAGGCCCACCAGACCCACCACCCUGGGAAGCACCCCCACAGACCUCCGUGCCUGUGCCUUCAGCCUUUCCUUCAGGCAGCCCUCUGGUGCUGUCUGCUUUUCCCAGCUCACUGCUAAUGACAGGGGAUGGGGGCCCCAGUGGGACUGGGGCUGCCAAGGUCAUUUUCAAACUCAAGGCAGAUACAGGGCCAGCUGAGCCCCCUCAAACUCAGAACUUUAUCCUUUCUCAGACUGCCCUCAACUGGAUGGCCUCAAGUGCUCCCCGAGGGGACCCCGAGGGUGGUGGUCCUCAAUUGGUGGCAGCCUCUAAUGUGACCAGCAUUCUGCCUGCUAAGGCUGUUGGGGUGAGCCAGGAAAGGUCCCCAGGCCUUCCUCCUCAAGCUCUUCCAUCAGUUGCCCAACUGACCCCCCUUACUCCCCCAGAAAAGGCUUGGCCAGCGACACAUGGGACUCCCGGGGAAGGAGGCCCGUUGGCUGCCCGGCCCAAGUCUUCCCUUGGUGACCUCGCCCACACCUCCAAGGGCGUUUAUGAGAACUUCCGACGUUGGCAGCGGUACAAAGGCUUGGCCAGGAGACACGUAGCCCAAAGCUCUGAUGCAGAAGCGUUUUCCUGUUUUCUGAUCCCCGUUCUUCGUUCCCUGGCCCGGCUGAAGCCCACCAUGACUCUGGAGGAGGGACUGCCAAGGGCUGUGCAGGAGUGGGAGCGAACCAGCAACUUUGACCGGAUGAUCUUCUAUGAGAUGGCAGAAAAAUUCAUGGAGUUUGAGGCCGAGGAAGAGAUGCAGAUUCAAAAUGCACAGCUGUUAAAUGGGUCCCAAUGUCUGCCUCCCGCAGCCGCCCCUCUGCACCCCGACCCUCCGGUCCCUCUGGCUCCUCCUGCUUCAGAUGUUGGCCAGCAGUCAGUGUACAUCCCAAAGAAGGCAGCCGCCAAGACCCGGGCCCCCCGCCGGCGGCAGCGCAAAUCCCAGAAGGCACAAGUUCCCGAGGCACCCAAGGAGAUCCCAGCAGAAGCUGUGAAAGAGUACACCAGCAUCAUGGAAGGGCUCAUGGGGAGCCACCCAGCCCUGGGAGAGCUGGAUGGGAAACGGGAAGAGGAGGAACAGCAGCAGGAGGAAGGCAUGUACCCGGAUCCAGGACUCCUGAGCUACAUCGAAGAGCUAUGUUGUGAGGAAGUCUUUGUGACCAAGGUGGAGGCCAUCAUUCACCCUCAGUUUCUAGCAGAUCUGCUGUCCCCAGACCUGCAGAGGGACCCCUUGGCCUUAACCGAGGAACUGCAGCGAGAAGAGGAGCUCACUCUGGGUCAGCUGGUCCAGAAGCGGCUCAUGGCCUUAGAAGAGGAGGAGGCAGAGGCACUUGCACCCGCAAGCUGCACUGGAGCUCAGUUGGACUCCAGUCCUUCUGUUUCUGAUGAGGAUGAAGGGGGGAGUGGGCACCUUCGGCCAUCACCUGGGCCUCGGAUGCUUGGACGCUCUGUUUGCCCCAGAAAGGCUGCUUCUUCAGGAAAGCGAGCAAGAUUAGGGCAUGGUGGACGGAAGCAAGCCCUUAAGAGCUCAAGGGGGAUGCGCAGGGAUGGGAGUAUUCCGACAUCUACCGGCAGCGGGGACCUGAAGCUAGAACUCACAGCUCCACAAGGUCUUGGGGUCCCCUCGGGCACAGAGAGCAGAGGAUGUGGCAAUGUUACAAACCAGACAGCCCCACCUCAGGAUGGCCAACUGGAAGGGGCAGGGCCCUCUGGGCACUCCUUGGUGGUUGAUAGGAUUUCAGAGGGCUUACCCAUUGGCUGGCAAGAAGACCCACAGCUGGAGGGAACUGGAGCGCCCUGUUUGGAUAUUGGACUCGCAGAGCCUGCGCCACUGCAGAGUCCAGGCUUAGAACAGCAGGUACUGGGGCUACAAACAGAACAGAUGGGGACCUGUGGAGUACUUCCACAAGAGAAGGAGCAUCUGGCACUGACCCCAGGAGACUCUGCAGGAGGCAUGUGGGGAGAUGACUGCGGCCCUCCGAUACUGCAGAGCGAUGACCAGGACCCUUCGCCAGGGGCAGCUGGAGACAGGGAUGGGGCCCCUCUCAGUCCAGGACUCUGGCUGGGCAGUGAGAUGAAUAUAGUAGGCUUGGAGUUGCCCUUCCAGCUGGAGGAGGUCAUAGAGGACUUAGAAGAUGGUGACAGCGUAGCCGAGCCCCAGGGAGGCUGUGAGGCACAGAGCUCUGGGAGUAACGUCUCUCUGUGCCUCGGAGAAAGCUUAUCACUUGGGGACACGGGGACGUGUGCUCUUCCCUGUGGAGACAGCGAGACCACAGCAACCUCAGAAAAGAGAAAGAGUCGCAGCUUGCGGGGACCUCAGAGAGCCAGCAGCCCUGAGUUACCCAAAGAAAAUAACCCUGAGAUCACUCGGGACCCCAGUGACCCGUGGGCUGAAGGUUUCUCUCCACUGCUAGAAAGUGGGAUGGAUGCUCCCACACUGGGGUCUUCCAAAGAAACCCUCUUGGCAGCCUGUCAAGGCAAUAACCCUUUCUUGAGGGCCCAGGAUGCCUCCUCCUUCCCCAAGGUCAGCAAAGAGUCAGGGAGCAGAGGCAAUUCCUUCUCUCCUCUGCUGGAAGCCACCAGCAGAGUAGAUGGUGGAGGUGACCGGGGCCUCAGACUAACAGAGGUCAGUGAACGUCCUUACCCGUUGAAUUUAAAUUCUUAUGUUUCUCAAGGACAGGGCAAAGAGGAUACCAAUCUCUACAAGCCCAAAGACCUUGCUCCCUCACGAGGGCCUUCCAAAUCAAAAUCUCACCAGGGCCGGGGAAGGGCCCACCCUGUACGAGAAACUAAGGAUGCCUCCAGGCUGAGGCAAUCGUCUGCGGUUGCAACAGGCCACUCAGCAAAAAAGGAGGAGGAAGAUGAAGAACUUUCUAAUUUUGCCUACCUCUUGGCUUCCAAACUUAGCCUGUCACCCACUGGGAUUCCCCUCUGCCCUUGCCCUGUUGCAAAAUCUGUCAAGAGAGCUCUAGUCGGAGGCCCAGCACCCACUAGAAAGAAGCCUCACCAGGGAGCUGGCCCUGAGGAGAAACCUUUGGCUCCGGGAGUUGAUAGCCCCUCACAGCCUCGUAAAAGGCGACAGGAGAGCUUUGUCACCGGGAAAAGAAAAAAGAGACGCCGUUGCCAAUAA